UUCAAGAAUGUUUUAUGAAUUCUGAUAAGAAUGCCCCUCCUGUUAGAAUUAUUGUCGCUGAUGGGAUUGAAGAUGUUACAAUAAAGAUAUCAGAUGAAGGGGGUGGCAUACCAAGAAGUGGUCUUCCAAAGAUUUUCACAUAUCUCUAUAGCACUGCUAAAAAUCCACUCGAGGAAAAUGAUGAAGGAAGCUCAGAUGGAGUAAUUAUGGCUGGUUAUGGUUAUGGGCUUCCAAUUAGUCGUCUCUAUGCUCGCUAUUUUGGUGGUGAUUUACAAAUUAUCUCUAUGGAAGGAUAUGGUAAAUCCAAUUCUUUCUUUAUGCAAUACUUAAUCUCAAGUUCAAUUUGUCCUGCUUGA